GGAAGGUAGGUAAAAGGAAAGAAAGGAUAAAACUUCGUCCCAACCCUCAAUCGUCAGAAAGAAAGGCAGCGCAGCUCUAGAGUCGAAACCCCAGCCCCACUCGUCCCACCGCCGCCGGCCACACUGUGUCGUUCCACCGCCGCCAUCACCACCGCCCAAGUCAUUCGUUCCCCACUCUCAAGUCUCUAAUCUAAAAGAAAAUAAAUCAAGACAAUGAUAGUAGCUAUUUCCUGGCUUCCCAAAGGGGCUGCUAAGUCAGUCCCCGCUCCAGCUGAGCCUCCUUCGAAAGAAGAAGUCGAAGAGAUGUUGAAGAGUGGUGUUCUUCAAAAAAGGAAUUGCGAGGUUGAAGGAGAUGAUGAGGAUUCUCCCGUCAAUAAUGUUGAUUUAACUGAAGCUAUGAAGGAAUUGGACAUGGACAAUUACGAUGAUGAGGAAGAUGGUGCUGAGAUCUUUGGUUCAGGACUUAAGGACUUAUAUUAUGCAAGUAACAAAUUGGACCCAUAUCUUAAUUGUGAUGACAUUGACUCUGAGGAGGAAGAGGACACUGUGAUAAAACCUGAUGAUGCCGUUAUUGUUUGUGCACGUAAUGAAGAUGAUGUCAGCCACCUCGAGGUAUGGGUGUUGGACGAUUUAACAGAUAAUUGCUUGAACAUGUAUGUUCACCAUGAUAUCAUAAUUCCAGCAUUUCCUCUAUGUACAGCAUGGUUGGAUUGCCCUCUUAAAGGGAGGGAGGAGAAAGGGAACUUCAUAGCUGUUGGCUCCAUGGAACCGGCCAUAGAAAUUUGGGACCUUGACAUUAUAGAUGAAGUCCUACCGUCUGUAGUUCUGGGUGGCGUUGCUGCAAAGAAAAUGGGGAAGAAGAAAUCAGCUGAAUUCAAAACGGGUAGUCACACAGAGGCAGUGCUCGGCCUUGCUUGGAAUGAGGAGUAUAGAAAUGUUCUAGCUAGUGCUAGUGCUGACAAAUCAGUUAAGAUUUGGGAUGUAUCAAAGCAAAUAUGUGAUAUCACCAUGAAUGACCAUGUUGACAAGGUGCAAGCAGUUGCAUGGAAUCCAUUUCAUCCCAAAAUUCUUCUUUCCGGCUCUUUUGAUCGCUCAGUUAUCGUGAAGGAUGUAAGGAUACCAUCUCAUGCUGGAUUGAAAUUUUCAGUGGCUGCCCAAGUUGAAAGCUUGAAAUGGGACCCACAUGCUGAGAAUUCAUUUCUGGUGAGCUUGGAGAAUGGUACGAUAAGUAGUUUUCACUUAGAGGCGGGUGCUGAUCCUAAUAUGAAGCCAAGUUUCACCCUCCAUGCUCAUGACAAAGCUGUUUGCUCCAUUGCUUUUAAUCCUUUGGUUCCAAAUCUUCUUGCAACAUGUUCUCUCGAUAAAACGGUAAAACUAUGGGAUUUGUCCGGCAAUCAACCUUCAUGUAUUGCCUCUAGGAAUCCCAAAGCGGGGGCUCUCUUUUCCAUUUCAUUCUCAAAUGACUACCCAUAUUUGCUUGCAAUGGGUGGCUCUGAAGGAAAGCUUGAAGUGAGUGAAUUGUACUCCGAUUUUUUCCCCGUCUAAUACCGUAUAUAAGUACGAAGUAUUUUUUGGGUUCAACUAGACGAGUUAUGACCAAUUUGGCAUAAUAUCCAUUUGCAGAUGUGGGACAUUUUAAAAGAGGAUGCCAUUUCCAAGAAAUAUGAUCAGCUGGCUCGGGCAAAGUAUAAAUCUAAGUAAUGUCACUCUAUGAAGGAGCCUAUAAAAAUGCACCAUUUCUUAUGCAAUUUUGUAUACAUGAGCACUUCAACUUAUUCGAUUAUAUUUAUAUACAUAUGAAUAUACUCAGUUUUCAGGG